UUGAACAGGCCACUUCAAAAUGCGGCUAGCUUUUUAUUUUAUAUUAACCAGUUUGGUAAAAGCUGAUAAUUUUACCUUGAAUAAUAUCCUUAAAUCUCUUGAGGUUGAGCUGCAUUAUAGGACUAUUUUAGAAAUUUACUCUUCAAGGGAUUCGUGUCUGAUGUUUAAAAACUUACAAAGUAAGGUUCCCAUUCUAAAUUUCAAUGCAAAGCAAAGUGUGUAUCUCAAAGAUGCUUUCAGUUCAAAGAUACUAGUACUUGCUUGUUUGAUGAAAAAUGAAAAAGACACAAUGAAGGCACUGUAUAGUAAUCUCCAAGAUAUGCGAGAGACCGCCACCAUACUAUUCGGAUCUUCGGUUAAACACAUACGAGAUCUGUUCCUGGAGUGUUUCAGUGAAAACAUGCUCAAUGUAUUGGCAUUUAAAGGCUCAAAUAGAGAGUACAUCUACAGUUUCCAGGCAUUUCCAACAUUUCGUGUUAUAAAACGCAGUCUGCCAGAAACUCAACGGUACUUUGAGCCUCAGCUGCAGGAUCUCGGGGGGUAUACCAUUAAGACUUUACCCGACAACAUAAUGCCAAGAACUGUGACCUACCGAAAUGCCGAUGGAAAUCGCCAGUUGGGCGGAUAUCUCAGCCACUUCAUACGAAACUAUGUGAGCACCAUAAACGCCACUCUUGAAAUUUGCUGGGACCUAGUUCCCGAGGACGGUAUAAUCACUUCGUUGGAUAAUAUUACACUCUCGGAGAACAGACUUUGGGACUUUCCUCUAGGCUUUGAUGGUCUCGACCAAAGGAUAUUAAAACAGAACAUUUUAAUGGAGAUUUCCAGCUGGUUCCUGAUGCUGCCCAUGGAACCCGCCCUCCCCCGAGCUCGUUUCUACUUAAGUUUUGGUUUGUACAGGCUAAUACCUUUAAUGUUACUGGUAGCAAUGGUGCUCAGCAAUGCCCAUCGGUUGGAAGUGGGUUUGGGUCCGAGUUGGCGAUGGUACUUGGUGGGAAAUAAAGUCCUGAGAGGUACCCUGGCACAGCCAUUUAUCCUACCCAAACGACUGUCUCCAAAACUGAUGUUAAUUUAUUGGUUGCUCCUGCUGAACGGUUUCUUUGUGAGCAACUUUUGUAUUGUCUACCUCACGACUUGGUUCGUCCAUCCCCCGACUCUAGAUCGAAUAACAGACUAUGAGCAAAUGCGUCGCAGGAAGCUGUAUAUCCUCACAAUCCCUUCGGAUCUGGAUUACUUGGAGACCACCUUGGGCGGGGAGUAUGUAGAGGCCCACAGCGAUUUAUUUCGCAUCACCGACUCGGCGGAUUUUCAAAGGAAGCGCAUCUCUAUGGAUCAAUCUUUUGCAUAUCCAGUGACUUUCACCUUGUGGCCACUUUUGGAACAGGCACAACUUAGGCUACGUCGACCCAUCUUCCGCCGAUCCAAAGAUAUAGUGAUUCUACCCUUUAUUAUAAUGGCUAUGACACUGCCUAACAACUCGGUAUUUCAGCAGUCUCUCAACCGAUAUAGUUUACAAACUCAUGAGAGUGGACUUUAUCAUUUUUGGUUCAGACAAAGCUUUUACGAAUUGGUUGCCCUGGGCAAAAUAUCGUAUGCAGUGGAUAUGGACCAUGAGGCCUAUUUUGAUCUGAAGUGGCAGGAUUUUCACUUUGUAUGGCUUGGCUUUGUGGGUGGAACUAUCACAAGUUUCCUAGUGUUCCUUGGCGAGAUUGGAUACCAAAGGUGGCGUUUGAAACAUACACCAAAAUAAAAUAACCUUGUUAAAUUGUAUUAACCUUAAUACUAUGUAUAAAUACAAAAUAAAUGCUUACCGCUUAGGUAAACUGAUUGUUCUAAA